CUAAGGAUUUUAAGAAUCAUUUUAGUGAUGACAUGUGGCUACAAAAAAUGUUGCAAUGCUUCUCAAAUAAUAUACAGGGGAUGUAGUGGGACAAUUGGAAUAUGAGUGUUUGAUAGGAAAAUAUAGAAUCAGGACUUAGUCAAGCCCCAAAAUUCGGGUAAGCUUAAAACGCGUUAUCUAAACUAAACACCUUUUGUUUCUUUUCUUCUACUCUAAUGCUUUACGGUUCUAUGUAUAAAACUCCAUAUUGUAAUAAACUUUCUAAAAUAUACAAGUUUCUCAAUAUGUUUUACUAGUGAUGCUUUUAGUCGACGGCCUUUAUAUUAAUUAUUGACAUAUUUUCAUACCGGAUUAUAUUUAUCACGAUAUCGUAAUCGACUAUUAAAUCAAAUGUUUGAUUAAUUACGUAAAGAAUCUGUGAGGAACACAUGUGUUCAUACUUGUUGGUUUUGUUAGCUGUGUGGGGAUAUUAUCAAUACAAACAUUAGAGUAGUAUUACUGGUUUUUCUUUCUUUUUUUCUAUUAGUUAGACUAAUUCAGAAUGGAGUAAUUGACCAUGUCAUAUAGAAUGACCCUAGUGGCACGCCAUCAUUUUUGUUUGUGGAAAUAUAUGUAAUUAGAACCACUGGUUGAUGAUAUGAUCUUUCUGAUAGAUAAUGAUUUAAAAUCGGAUAAAUGUGACAAAUCAUUUUUUUAAAGUGACAAAUCAUUUUCAGACGCAUUAAGAGAGAAAACUUUAAAGUCAUGGUAAAGCUUUUGACUGAUUAGUGACCUUUUUUUUGUGCAACAAUUGCAUUAGACCAUGACUCUUUUAAUUGCUUCCAAGCUCAUUAACAGAGACACAAAUAUAAUAUGCACACACAAAUUGCUAUUAACAAUUAGCUAUAUCUCUUUCUUUUCUUGUUUACCAUUAACCUCUUAAAAUUUAUCAGUUAUCUUCAAUUAAACUUAAAACUUCUCGCAAUCGACUGUGAACUAAUGAACCUGUCAAAGGGGUUUGUGUCGAUAAGUAAAAGAUGCUUCUUACACUUUUUCCAUAAUAAAACAAAAUAAAUUCUAAUACCCCACAAGUGACGCCAUCCUCUUUACCCCAAAGUACACUCCUCUAUACAUGUCUAUUUAAUCAAUGCAUACUCAAUUGGUCGUCUAUAUAUAGACUCUCGUCUCUCAUUCAUUGAGUAAACACAAAAACAGACUUUAAAUCCCACAAAGACAAGAAGAUAACACACACAAACUUUCUCGUCCUUUGUCAAUAGAGAAGAAGAAGAAAAAGAAUGAUGGAUACUUUAUCUAGAUGCUUCAACGGACUUCAAGAAAGAUACGAGAGCGUUCUAGAAGCAAAAUCAAUUUACAGGGAUGACUUAGACAUAACGUUGCCUCUGAAUGCAUCAGAGGUUUCAGUAGAACCCACCAAGAAGACUCGUUGCCUGCAGAGGGCCAAGAGGAUUGACAAGUCCCUCAGGUUCGAAGAGGAAGAAGAGGAAGAGAUAGCAAAGCCACUGGCCAAGAAAGAAGGUCAAAAGCCACGUAAGGUUGUGAGGUUUCAGUUAGAAAAUAAUAAAAUCAUCGAGCCGACGAGGCCAGUGACAUUGGAUCUUGAUCAAGAACUUGAACCGGAGGAGAAGCCGCUGGAGGAGAAAGAGGGUUUGCAUAUAGUCAAAGGGAAGGAGCAGGUUGUGAGGAUUAAGAUCAAGAUGACAAAGAAGGAAGCUCAAAGGCUACUAGGGAAAUGCAAAAACGAUAGUGUUUUGGAUUUCGAGCAUGUGGUGGAUCAGAUAGCACACGUCCCGGUUCAUCAGCUCCAAGUCUCUGUGGCUGUGGUUGCUUGUAAUAAAGAGCGACAGGAAAAUGGCAGCUGGUUAUCUAAGAUGGAAUAGUUUUUAGUACUUAAUUUUGGGGUUUGUUUACCAAAGUUCUUUAGUGUUAGGGUUAUAUCUGUAAUGCUGUGUCAUAUACUGUUAUAGUAAGAAUGAACUAGGGAAGAUUUGAAUAUUCAAAUAUGAAAUUUAUAAUCUGAUUCUAUAUAUCUUGAUUGUGGAUAACAUUAGAUUUUUUUACUUAUUCUGUGUAGAAGAUAUGGGAAACUAAG